AUGAGUGAAAGCUUCACACUCGAUACUGAAAAGGUCGAUCCUCCAAAAGUUGAUGCUCCAUCCCCAUCUCCUUCAUUCAAUGAAAUAUCAACACCCAGAUUGAUAAUUUUUGUCAUGUUGAUGGCCAUCUCUCAAAUAUUUACACAGGCAGCGUUAGCUCAAACAGUGGUACCUCUCAAAUUCGUUUCCAAAUCUUUUGAUGUUGAAAGCUCAGGUGAACUCAGCUGGUUUACAGCUUCUUAUUCUUUAACGGUUGGUACUUUUAUUCUUAUAGCUGGUCAAUUGGGUGAUUUGUUUGGUUACAAAAAAUUAUAUCUUAUUGGUUACACAAUAUUUGGCUUGUUUAGCUUAAUCUGUGGAUUUGCAACUUUUAGUCACAGUGCUAUCUUCUUUGAUGUUAUGAGAGCACUACAAGGACUUGGUUUAGCGAUUGCUGUUCCAAACUCUUUAGGAUUGAUUGGAGGUUAUUUCCCUCAUGGAUCUCAUUCUAAAAACAUUGCACUAUCGUUAUUUGGCGGUGUUGCUCCAAUGGGGUUCUUAAUUGGUGCUGUAUUUUCAAGUUUGAUAGCUCAGUUUUCCUGGUGGCCCUGGUAUUUUUGGAUAACUGGUAUUGCAAGUUGUAUUGUUUUGAUUCUUGGAUACAUAUUUAUCCCAAAGGGUAUUCGUGGCCAAGAUGAUAAAGGUUCUUGGAAAGAUUUUGACUACUUUGGAUCACUGUUUGGAGUUACUGGGCUAGUCUUAUUCAAUUUCGCAUGGAAUCAAGGUCCUGUUGUUGGCUGGGAAACACCAUAUGUCUAUAUUCUUUUAAUCAUUGGUAUACUGGCAAUAGUUGGGUUUUUCUAUGUUGAGCUUAAAGUAUCCAAAAGGCCAUUAGUACCACGAGAAGUGUUAACUGGAGAUACUGGGUUUGUUCUUGCUUGCAUCAUUUCAGGUUGGAGUUGUUUUGGUAUUUGGAUUUAUUAUCAGUUUCAAUUUAGUGAAUUUAUUUUACAUCAAUCUCCAUUGUUAAGCACAGCUCAAAUGGUCCCAACAAUGUUUGCAGGUUUGAUUGCAGGAAUAUCAACAACUUAUAUGCUAAAGUAUCUUUCAACAAGUGUUGUUAUGACUAUUUCUCUUUGUUGUUUUUUGAUAGGAAGUUGUUUAAUGGGUACGAGACCUGUAACUCAAAUGUAUUGGGCACAAAAAUUUCCAUCAGCCAUUUUAACACCAUUUGGUAUGGAUAUAAGUUUCCCAGCAGCUACUAUUGUCUUGAGUCACCAUUUGAAAAAAGAACACCAGGGUGUUGCAGCUUCUGUUGUUGCAACUUGUGUUAACUACUCUAUUUCAAUCGGUCUAGGGAUUGCUGGUACUGUACAGAGAUAUGUAGAUCCACAAGAUCUCAAAACACUAGAGGGUAUGAGAGCUGCAUUUUACACUGGGAUUGGUCUUGCAGGACUCGGUGUUGUUGUUGGUUUAGCAUUUAUCAUUAAACAGAGAGCAUUAACAGUAUAGAGAAUAGAGAUUAUGUAAUACAGAUGUAUA